AUGUCAUGGCAAGAUGUAGAACUACAGCAGAAGAUUGAGGAGCUGGUUAGUCCAGAAGAAAUAAUCCCAGAGGGUGCUCUACGGAGGCUGAUGCUGGAUGGAAUCGAGACAAAUCUACAAGCACCACCGCCUAUGCUCAAUGGGUGUAUCACUGGAGAGUGUAUGGAGGUUCUCACGAGUUGUAUUAAGCUUGACGUGUGGGAGUUGGCGUUCUCGCCUGAUGGAGAUAUCUUGGCAUCGGCGUCAAGUGACGGGUCAGUCGUAUUGUGGCAGCUUAAGUGGUGUGAUGGGGCAACAAAUUGUCGUCAAGGAUCUCAGCUCGCGGUAAAACCUCAUCACGUGUUGCAAAACCUUGAAGGACCUGCUGACUGCCUUGCUUGGUCCCCAGACAGCAAGUUUUUGCUAUCGAGUGGUAGCCGCUCUGGAACUAUUCAAUUGUGGGAUCAAAUGAGCGGAUUGUGCAAAAAACGUUUUCAACACCCAGAAGGAGCGGUCACAAGAAUCCGCUGGCUGCCAUGUGGGGACCAGUUCCUAAGUGGAAGCGCAAACAAGACUCUCGUUCUGUGGUCUGCAAGCGUAGGCUCCAUUGCGUACCAGUGGAGUGGUCGAAGGGUGCUGGAUAUCGUUGUGCAUCCACACAGUAGUAAGGUGUUUGUACUGACAUCAGGGCACGAGAUUCGUGUAUACGAUAUCACGCUGAAAACGGACCAGUUGUUUUUGCAAGCCGAACAUCUUGUGUCGUGUUUAAGCGUAUCCCCUUGUGGAAAGUUCCUACUUGUAAACUUUAUCAAGCAAGAACAAAUCGCGUGUGUGGAUAUUGCUACCGGUUCCGUAACAGCCAAGUAUUGCGGGCUUCGUGAGCAACGAUACGUUCUUCGUCCAUGCUUUGUGGGGAACCACAGCGAGGUUGUUGUCGCUGGAAGUGAAGACGGUGCAGUGUAUUUGUGGCAGCGAGACAGCGGUAAACAGGUGGGCAAGCUAGAUGGACACGCGAGUGUAGUAAAUGUGGUGGUGCGUCACCCAAUCCAUUCGAACGUGAUUGCCAGCGCAAGCGACGACAAGACCGUGCGUUUAUGGUCUCUCAAGUCGCUAGAGUAA